AUGGCAAAACCAAUUUUCUCCCUUUUCACAUUAAAGGCAGAGGUAUUGCUGUUGAUGGUGCUCCUUCUUCUUUUUACUUCACAAACUUUCCAACAAACAUGUGAAAGUUUCUUGUUUUCAGAAAACGAAUCUCCACCAGAAAGAGCUUUCUGUCCAAUUUCUUUUGUCAAUUUGGACAACAAGUGCCAAUCUUUCACAACCAUUAACAAGCAGAAGAAAGGUAGUACAUGUUCAACAAAAUCUGAUUGUUAUUUCGCUUAUAUGAAUUGUGUCAAUCAAAAAUGUGUUCCCAUGCUAAGACUACCAGGUGAUUCUUGUGUCGAUGACAAUCAAUGUUUGUUUAAUAUUGUUCCUGCCAAUAGAAAAACCAUGGUUGAUAUGGUCAGACCAAAAUGUAUCAACAAUAAGUGUCAAUUGUACAAAGUUGUGAAGAGAAAUGAUGGAGAAGAGUGUUUUGUUGAUGACAACAUCAAUACAGUGUAUGAUUGCAAAGAUGGAUAUGUAUGUUAUAAGUGUUGUGAAUCCUGGAAACCAGUCAAGAGUAAAUGUGUUCCAAAAGUAAAGGCAAAGAAGGGUGAAAGUUGUUCGAAUCCUUCUGCAGACAAUUCCAUUAUUCCAACUUUCAAGAUUUGUGAAAGUGGCUUGUAUUGUAAAACAAUGAAUGAUGGAAGUCAAUUGUGUACUGAAACACUUCCCAAGGGAGCCAACUGUGCAAAUUCAGAAUCUGUAUGUGAAGAAGGCACAAUUUGUCGUCAAAAUUCACCAAGUGAUAAAACAAUGACUUGUCAAAAGAGCGCUAGUUAUGGAGAGAGUUGUGUUUUGAAUUCUGAUUGUACUCACAGUUCAUCAGCUCUAGUCAGGUGUUACAAUAACAAAUGUACAAGAUGGUACGGAAUAGAAAUCAAUGGAAUUUGUAAGGCAAAUGACGAAUGUUAUUCUGGCUACUGCUCUACUGCUGGUAAAUGUGCAGAAAGACCAAGUACACCAUGUUCUGGAUCCGCUUACUGUCAAAACAGUAAUUAUAAUAAUUAUUGUGCAUGUGGAGGUAAGAGUUCAUCAAAUAGUCCAGGAAAAUGUGUAGACAGUUGUUUAGGAGCAAUGAUUGAUGUAACAACCUGCCUAUACAAUCAAGGAUUAUUAGGAAGUGAUUUUUAUGGAGGAUUGGGUUUUCUUCAAUAUGUAGAUGAAGAUAGUUCAUUAUUUACUAGAUGUAGAUAUGCCUUCUCAAGACAUUAUUCUUGUUUGAGAAAAUCAUGGAUUGCUGCUGGAAUUCCAACUAAAGGAGACAUGGCAGGAAUUGAUUUGGAUGCUUAUUCGGUUGAUGCAAGUCCAAUUGUACCAGACGAAGCAAAUCAACAUCAAAUUUCUUUUGGAUUGAUUUUCAUUAUUAUGAUUUUAAUCAAUUUUGUAAUUUUACAAUAAAUUUAUCUAAUCAC